AUGCAGAAGAUCUUUGAAUGGACGUUGAUCACAAUGAUCACCCUGCUGUAUCUGCUUCAGGUGACGGGCUGGGGAGUCAAGCUGUUAAAAAAAGCAAGGGCCCUUUUCGGGCGGGAUCCUGUUGAUUCCUUGAAUCAACCUAUGGGUCCGGAGCCACGGACGGGUGGCCCCCUGCAGCAGAUCCUGGAGAUGAUGCACGCCGCGGCAGACGCCUCGGAGGAGAUCCUGAAGAUGUUGGGCUCACUCACGGCGAAGCGCCCGCAUCUGGAUAUGCUCCCGGAUAUGAAGGAGGUCAUAGACCGGAUCAGUGAUCGCCUCACCGACGGGGUAGCCAUCAUGACAACUGCUUCGCGUGAAACGGAGCGCUCACAAAUGGUUAAGCUGCACAAUGACGUCGUCGACGUCGGCAAAGGGCAGGCAGCGCUGGCUGCGGAGCAGAAGCAGAUGAUGGCACACACCCAGGAGGCGGCAAGACUGCUCAAGGGCACGCACGGCCUGGAACCGAUCUUCCAGCACGUUACAGGAGUGAUGCAGGCCGUCAAACAGAUGGGGCCCAAUCUGUCCCGUUUGAUGGGCGGUGAUAUGGCCGAAAUUAAGAAUGCACUGCAGAGGGCGACCGCAACGGAGGCCAUUGAACUGCCCAACAAUGUGUGCGAGGUCUUGGUAGAUAUUGAGGACUCCAUGAAGACCCUCGCCCCCAAACUGGGGACAGGGGAUGCGACCUCACAACAGACGGUAUUACUGAGAUGCAUUAGCGCCCACAAUGGAGAUGAGGCAAGGGGUGAUUUGGGCGAGAGAGCUGCAUGA